CCUGGACGUAGUCUCCGUGACGUCCCCGCAGACUGUCUAAAACCUGGAUGUGGUCUCUGUGACGUCCUCACAGACUGAGACCGAGUGAGUCCUCUCCUUCAGAGACGAUCUUUGUAGUCCUGCUCGCAGAUUUCUCUCGGAGUGAGUCCUCUCUGUCCUCUCAGCUGUUUGUCUCUGUCUCUGUCUCUGUCUUCACUGGGUUUUCCGCGGGACGCGAACAUGUUCUGAUUCAGCCUGCGAGCGAUGAAUGAAACCAGCACCGAGCGGACCGGGCCGACGGAGGUUCUGUUGACUUCGGGCAGCCGGGCCCGUGCUGUCGGUGUGUUCGGAGGAUGGAGCCGAGGCUGAGCGGGGAUGGAAAGCCGUCCGUGUCCCGGCUCCUCGGCCCCGCGCUCGUCCUCUCGGUCCUGGCCGCGGCGGUGAGCUGCCACGGGACGUGCCGACACCGAGCGCCCGGUGCCGGGGAGGUUGUUCAUCAUGUGCACCUGAAGCCCGAGCGCUUGACGAAGAGGAGCUCCCCUGACGACCUGCAGCUGAAGAUCAAGAUCAUCUACGACUACAGCGUGGACCAACUUCCUGCAGACAAGAGGAGGCUGGUGAAGGAUAAACUGUUUCCUCAGGCCAUCGACUACCUGCAGAGGGCCUUCAGCGUGAGGCGCAGGGUGGGGCCGGUGCUGCUCAGCAGACAAUGUGCCACCAACCAGUACCUGAGGAAGAGAGACGACCCUCACCGGUACUGCCAGGACGCCUGUGCGGACGUGACCCGGUGCGGCCCCGUCGUUGUCCCACAGCACCACCUGCAGCAAUGCAAAGUGUGCAGCGAGUCAGGGAAGUCGUGUGGCCCCUCGGGGCCCCCCGACGGCCCCGGAGUGGAAGGGUCCGACUUCGUGCUCUACGUCAGCGGCAUCACCACCGAGCGCUGUGGACAGGAGAACAUCGUGGCCUACGCUGCUUACUGCCAGCUGGAGGCGGAGCUGGACAGACCUGUAGCAGGUUACGCCAACCUGUGUCCCGCCAUGAUCUCCUCCCAGCCUCAGGAGUUUGAAGGGAUGCUGUCCACCGUCAAACACGAGAUCAUCCACGCCCUGGGCUUCUCAGCAGGUCUGUUCGCCUUCUACCACGACGAUCAGGGCAAACCUCUGACUCCUCGCUUCGCCAGCGGCCUGCCCGCCUUCAACGAGAGCCUCGGCCUGUACCAGUGGAGCGAUGCCGUGAUCAGGAGGGUCAGCAGGCUGUGGGACAUCAGAGGAGGGGAGCUGGUCCGACACCAGGUCCACGUCCUGGUCACUCCCCGCGUCGUGGAGGAGGCGAGGAGACAUUUUAACUGUCCCAUCCUGGAGGGGAUGGAGCUGGAGAACCAGGGCGGGACGGGAACCGAACUGAACCACUGGGAGAAGAGACUGCUGGAGAACGAGGCGAUGACGGGCUCACACACACAGAACCGGGUCUUUUCUCGGCUGACGCUGGCCAUCAUGGAGGACAGCGGCUGGUACCGAGCCAACUACAGCCUGGCCCAGAGGCUGGACUGGGGCCGCGGCCUCGGCUGCGACUUCGCCAUGAAGAGCUGCAAGUUCUGGAUGGACCGGCAGAGACAGAGGCGACUCGCUGUGACUCCGUACUGUGACACGGUGCGAGCGUCUCCUCUGCAGCUCACCUGCAGGCAGGACCAGCUCGCCGUGGCCGUCUGCAACCUGCAGAAAUACCCACAGGAGCUGCCGCUGGAGUACCAGUAUUUCGACAGGAUCCCGGACGUGGAUGCUGACCAGCUGUCGUUGUUUGGCGGUGCCGUGGAGAUCGCGGACUUCUGUCCCUUCAGUCAGGAGUUCAGCUGGCACCUGAGCGGAGAGUAUCAGAGGAACUCGUACUGCAGAGUGUCGGAGAACCAGCCAGACUGGUGGAGGAACUAUGGAGCGGAGCAGUACGGCCCGGACUCGGUGUGUCUGUACCAGAAGUCGGCCUUUGUCAUGGAGCAGUGCAGCAGGAAGAUGACGUACCCGGACUGGGGCUCCGGAUGCUACAAGGUGUGGUGCUCGGCUCAGGGCCUGAGCGUGGACGUUCAGGAUCGCUCCUUCCACUGCGCCCGCAAAGGCCAGCUGCUGAGCGUCAGCGUGCGAGUCCACGACUGGGUUUACAACGGCGUCCUGGUCUGCCCGGCCUGCACCGACUUCUGUGAAGACUGCCCUCUGCCCCACCAGCUCCCGCCCAUCAACACGUCCAGGAGUAACCCCAUUGACCCGUGCUCCAGCUCUCCAGGUCUGGCCGUCACUUUGUGGCUUUUGCUGCUCAACUUGCUCCCCCUAGUGGCCGGACUGCUGCUGUGCCACUGCAGCUGAUAAAACACACACACACACACACACACACACACACACACACACACACACACACACACACACAAAGGUAGCUGGACAUUUUACUGACACACACACUCCUUCCUCCUGCGUCUUUGUUUUCUCCAUCUGUCACUCCUCAGGACCUCCACCCCUCGGCUCCUCCUCCCACCGUCAGGGAUUGUUAAUCUAAAACAGUUUGAAGCUUUUGUACAGACGAUCCUCAGCGUGGCUCCGGCUGUGGAUCGUCCUGCUUCAUCGACAUCGCUUCUUGUUUCGUGUUUCUGUCGUGACGGACGGCGAGCUCUGUGAAUCAUCCCCCUCCAUCACUACAACUUCCUGCCGUCUCCGAGCAACAAAAUCACAAACCAGAAGGAAGCGUGACGUCAAGAGUCGCCGCCUGGUGCUUACUAACAGGAAGGGGAUUGUAGCAUCAGUGUUUUUCUGCGUCUGGACUUCUUUUUUUUUUUUUUUUUAAUUGUACUUUUAAGCUGAAAAGUUCAGUGUACUUCCUGUGACUGAUCUGUGCAGUUUGGUGACACCUGGUGGCAACAGGAAGUCACUGUUCAUACUUAUUAUUCUGACGUAUUCCAGGAGUUUCAGCGCGCUACUCCUCCCUCAGUUUUGGUCGCACAAACACAAAUAAGGUCUCAAAUCGACCGGCUCGGUCAGGAAUGUUGAGCUGUGACUUUUCUCAGAGUUUCACCAAACGGUUUCACCAAAAAUCACCAAAAACCAAGUUUACAAUGGGUGUGUAUUGGUAGAAUGUUCCAGAGCUAGAGUGGAGAGGGAGAGAAACA